AUGCCGACUGUGGUGACGCGAUGGAGAACUCGCCUGGAAGAUCCCAGAUGCAAUCAGCCAUUCCGAGGCUACCACAUACGGAAUUCCAGCAGCUACUGCCGUGCUUACACUGAUAUCUCCACUGGCUCAAGAGCAAAAUUAUCUGAAAGAACGCCAAUUCUCAUUUAUUCGGGUGGCUCUCAUGUAGGAUUAUUUGCUAUUAAAAUUGCAAAACGGGGUGGUCUUCGUGUUGUUGUGGCGGCAUCUCCACGGUCCUUUGAGCUUGUCAAAAGGAACGGUGCAGACGUCGUAUUCGAUUACCACUCAUCCACCGCGACCAGCAAAAUUUACAAAGCCUAUCCAAACAUCACUAAGGCUUUGGACUGCUUUUCGGAAGGGAAAUCUUCUCAAUUCUGCGCGGAGGUGUUAUCAAAAGGGCGAGUUAUAACUCUACUUGAUCAAGGCAAGCCGAAAAAGCUAGACAUUUUAUAA